AUGGAUUACCUCAACAAGUUCACUGGUGCCGACAAGAGCUCUCAGGGCCAGGGGUUGUCAAACGAGCAGACCCAGUCCACCGGCUCUUCAUCGAGCGGACAGCAGAGUGGAGGCUUCCUGGGCGGCAUCGGCGACAAGCUCAACUCUGCCGCCGGCGGUGGUCGCGAGAGUGAGAAGAACGAGGAUUACCUCGACAAGGGCGUCGAUUUCGUGCAGGAGAAGUUCAUGGGCCAAGGUCCUCAGGACAACGAGUCCGCUGUGGAGCAGGCCAAGGAUGAGCAGAUCAGCGACUUCAUUCGAGGACAGUACAAGUCGACGACCGGAAAGGAUAUCCCUAUCAAGGACAAGGAGACUAGGUUCGGUUAG